AUGCCUCACGCGACCCCCAAGGCUUCCGAGGUCGUAGAAGAUGCCGACUUUGACAAUGUGAUGCGACAACUGAACAGUUACGAGGACGCCGGCCCCUCUCUAGAUUUCUUGGCGCGUGACCUGGAAGUUGGCGAAAAAGCCGACGAUGCCAUCGACUACGAGGAUUUUGAAGAUGACGACCUUCCGGAGGAAGAGGUAUUGGGCGCCACAGCUCCGGCUUUGCCUGCAGUGGAUGAUAAUGACCAAGAUCCUUUCGCGAACUUGGGCUCCGACGAUGCUGCUCUUUUCGGAAACGGGGAUGAUAUCUUCGGCGAUCAGGGAGAGGUUGCUCAGCCCCAGGAUGACAACCUUGAUGACCUUUUUGGUGAAGAUUCUUUUUCGCCGCCUCCUGCUGGACAGGAGGACCCUACCAGGGGCCUUUUCGAAGAUGAAGAAAUGCCGCUGACAACAGAGCCUGUUCAACUUCCGCUCCUUCCGCAAGCCGCCGAACCGAUGCCAGAAACACCGGCGGAUGAGGAUGACUUCCCGGACGAUGACAGUAUCAUGUCGGACAGCAUGAACCCUAACGAGCUUCGCGCUUGGAAACUCCAGCAGGCGUUGUUCGCUAUGUCCGGUCCGGAAAACCCGCCUGCACAAUUAGAGAAUCGCGAAGAGCUUUUGCAUUCUUUAUUCCCUACAUUUGACCGCAACACCCUUCCACGUUGGUUGGAAUUGAUUCCACACAAACGAGCCAUCUUCCUUGGGAAACAGCCACCGAAACCGCCAAAGAGCGUCGAGCCGACGAAAGUGAACAUCGAACUGGCUCCCGAUCAAGAGCGUACAUUCAGAACCGGUCAACCCCUAAAGCGUGGCCUGGAACAUGAAUCUCUUGGCUAUGUGAUGAUCUCUCAAACACCUCGCGAGGAAGAAAAAGAAGAUACAAACGAAGAUAUUGAUAUGGGUGAUGGUGAUUUGGACGGUGACGAGUUACUGCCUGGUGGCUUCACCAUGCAAGAUCUUCGAACAAUUUGCGUGGAUUGGGAAGUCAAAGACGAUUUUCCUGUCACAGAUGCGGAUGACCAGCCACUGGCACAGGACAAGGAUGGCCUUUUUGAUGCAGACGAAGACUGGUUCAUGGAUACCGAGGCCCCGGUUAAAAAGCGCAGAACUGGACCGACUCCAAUGGAUGUCAUUGCUCUGUCACAUAUCGACAUCCCAUUGUUAGAUGAUCCCGAACAGGCAACGGCGAAAAUCGCAAAGAGAGUCACAAUCGACCUAAACGACCCUAACAUUCUUGUCGACGAAUUAAGAGCAGAUGCAGUCGCCAACAAGCCCAAGCACGCGGCGCCUCGUACCAGAGAUGAGGUGGAUUUGAAUUUAACCCGCCGUCUUACCCAGCGCUACAAUAUUUCAAACGAUCAAGCAUAUGACAUGCUCAAGCAAAACCACCAGAACAAGAUCCGCAGUACUCUUGGCAACGUGACGCUUGAGCACGGCCUCCCAGCCCUGCGUUUACAGUGGCCUUACUACAAGACCGAGCUGUCUAAGGCUGAAGCUAGAUCUUUCCAUCGACCUGCUAUGGCUUUCCGUCCCGGACAAACAUCUUGGUUCAAGAACCCCGCCCACAUCAAACGCAAACACCAACGCGGCAAAGACGCGAAAAGUGUCUAUGAUUCUACUCAGUCGUUGUCCAUGGGAGACAACUCCAGCGUUUUGCUGGUGGAAUACUCUGAAGAGGUCCCUAUGACACUGGCAAACUUUGGAAUGUGCAACCGUUUCAUCAAUUACUACCGUCGAAAGAAUAUUGACGACCCAACUCGCCCAAGAGCAGAGAUCGGCGAAACAGCCGUUCUACUACCCCAAGACAAGAGUCCAUAUUCAAUUUUCGGCCACGUUGACCCUGGCGAAAUUUCCCCCGCCAUUUCAAAUUCCAUGUACCGAGCACCACUAUUCCCGCAUCAGUCCAAACCAACGGACUUUCUUGUGGUACGCAGCACCACUGGCGAAAAAGGAAGUACCUAUUUCGUGCGCAAUAUCGAGAAUUUCUACGUUGCCGGACAACAGUUCCCAUCGGUUGACAUUCCUGGUCCACACUCACGCAAGGUGACCACUGUUGCAAAGAACCGCAUGAAAAUGCUUGUUUACCGUCUCUUGAAAAAGAGCCCGGAUGAGCGCCUUGCCAUCAGCGACGUCACGGCUCAUAUCCCAAACACUACAGAUAUGCAAAACCGACAGAAGGUCAAGGACUUCUUGCAGCAUGACAAGGAUACCAAAUACUGGAAGCCACUGGACCCGACGCUCCCGGAUCAAGACACAAUUCGUUCAUGGGUCCAACCCGAGGAUGUUUGUCUUUUGGAGUCCAUGCAGAUUGGACAACAACACCUCCACGAUACUGGUUAUGGUAAUGAUGCCGAGAACGAAAACGAAGAAGACGAAGAAUUUGAAAGCUUUGAACAGCAGAUGGCCCCGUGGAAAGCGACCCGCAACUUUUUGCUGGCCUCCCAAGGCAAGGCCAUGCUGAAACUCCAUGGCGAAGGAGACCCCACCGGCCGUGGCGAGGGUUACAAUUUCAUCAAGACAAGCAUGAAAGGUGGAUUCAAGGCGAUUGGUGAAAGUGUUGAGGACAAACUCGACGCGCAGCGAUUGAAAGAACUCGGAGGUCACAGCUACAACGUUGCCCGGCAGCAAAAAUCAUACGAAACCUCCAUCCGCCGAAUCUGGGACGCCCAAAAAGAAAGCCUAUCUUCCACCAUUGAGCAUUCCGAUCAGGAGAGCGAUGUCGAUCAAGAAGACGAUUACCAAGAGCAAUUCAACAAGCCGACACCGCGAUCUGAAGCACCAACGCCUGGCCCAUACCGCCGCGAUGACGAGACAACCAGUCAGUUCAGCAAAAUGAGUUUCAACAGCCAGCGCGGCAAGGUACUGCGCAUCACUCGCCAAGUCAAGGCCGACAACGGCGAAAUUGUGGAACGGGAGCAGCUCGUCUGGGACCCCCGCGUCAUCAGACAUUACAUCCAGCACCGACACACCCACGAAGCCAUGCACACCAAAUUGGAAUCCCUCCAGCCGACCGGCGACGCCGAGGUUGACGCCCGCAACAGAAAGCUCAUCGAAGCCGAGCUCAGCCGCCUCAACCGAAACAAGGAGCGCCGCUUCGCCCGCGAAAAACAAAAGGGCAUUCCUCGGGCCGGCGAUCCAGAUGGCAAGCCCGCUGGUACCCAGCGCAAGUGCGCGAACUGCGGCCAAGUCGGACACAUCAAAACGAACAAGAAGCUCUGUCCCUUGCUUAAUGGUACUAUGAAGCCUGAGGACCGCGUCACGGACUCGGCUUUCUCCAUGAGUGCCCCGGUUCUCUGA